AGCAGAGCCUACAGUCACAGCAGCCCUGACUACAGCGUUCCUGGAGCCCAGGAUCUUUUCCACAGAGGAGGAAAGAGCAGGCAGCAGAGACCAUGGGGCCCCCCUCAGCCUCUCCCCACAGAGAAUGCAUUCCCUGGCAGGGGCUUCUGCUCACAGCCUCACUUCUAAACUUCUGGAACCCGCCCACCACUGCCCAACUCACUAUUGAAUCCACGCCGUUCAAUGUCGCAGAGGGGAAGGAGGUUCUUCUACUCACCCACAAUCUGCCCCAGAAUCAUAUUGGCUACACCUGGUACAAAGGGGAAAGAGUGGAUAGCAACCGUCUAAUUCUAGCAUAUAAAAUAGAAACUCAAAAAGCUACCCCAGGGCCCGCAUACAGUGGUCGAGAGACAAUAUACCCCAAUGCAUCCCUGCUGAUCCAGAACAUCACCCAGAAUGACACAGGAUCCUACACCCUACAAGUCAUAAGGUCAGAUCUUGUGAAUGAAGAAGCAACUGGACAGUUCCAUGUAUACCAAGAAAAUGCCCCAGGCAUUCCUGUGGGGGCCGUCGCCGGCAUCGUGACCGGGGUCCUGGUCGGAGUGGCGCUGGUGGCCGCCCUGGUGUGUUUCCUGCUCUUUGCCAAAACUGGAAGAACCAGCAUCCAGCGUGACCUCAAGGAGCAGCAGCCCCAAGCCCUUGCCCCUGGCCGUGGUCCCUCCCACAGCUCUGCCUUCUCGAUGUACCCUCUCUCCACUGCCCAGGCCCAGCCACCCAACCCCAGGACAGUGUCUUCCAUCUAUGAGGAAUUGCUAAAACACGACACAAACAUUUACUGUCGGAUGGACCACAAAGCAGAGGUGGUUUCUUAGCUUCCUCCAGGAGCUGCUCCUGUGGGUUGAUGGAGAGUCCCCGAGGCCCCCAGCCCUGUGGAUGGGGAAGGAUAUGAAGCCUGAGCCAGAGAACCAGCUAUGAGUCCUAAGAAGACACUGGGGUCUGGGGACAGGGAGGGAUGGGGGUCCCUGCUGAAUAUCUGGAGACCUCGACAGGCUGCCCUAGGCGCUGGGUGGGUCAGGACAAAGGCCUCUCAUCACCACAGAAAGUGGGGGCUUGCAGGGAAAGUGAAUGGGCCUGUGGCCCACCUAGGGUCGCUUGGAAAGGAUCUGAAUACAGAGGACCCUUCCUCUCA